GAAACAAAAAAACCUAUGUUGCAGAAUCAAAUGCUCAAGCCGCGGGACUUGCAGCAGCAACAACAGCAGAGACAGCCCCAACACAAUCAGCAAAUGUCGAUGUCACAAGUUAUGCUACAGAGAGCGGCCCAGCAGCAACAACAGCAACAAAGACGGGAUGGUAAUGGCUCACUUCAGCUCGGAACUUCGGGUAAUUUUAUGGGCAGUGAAAACCAUAUGAGUCAGAGUUCUUCGACUUCAGGUGCCCUGGCUGCAAAGGCAUAUGAAGAUAGGCUAAAGCUUCAUCUUCAGAGGGAUUCCUUAGUUGAUGAUGCUCCUUUGAAGCAUAGUACGGGCCAGAUUUUGGAUCCGAAUCAAGCCUCAGUACUGAAAGCAGCUGCAAUGGGUGGGCACACUGUCGGGCAGACCAUGCAUGGUACCCCCAGGGCUAUUUCUGGAAAUCUACAACAAGCUCAAAUUCGGAAUCAACAGCUGCCUGUAUCCACACAGGACAUGAGAAAUGAGGUGAACUCAAUGAUGAAUGCGAGAGGUAUAGCGCCUGAUGGAUCAUUUGACGGGGUCCAUGGAACAAAUCCCCGUGGUGGCAACUUGACUUUGAAAGGUUGGCCUUUGACUGGCCUUGAUCAAAUCAGAGCAGAGAUUCUUCAGCAACAGAAACCUCUGUUUUCUCCUUCCCAGGCUUUUAGCAACCUCCCAUUGCAACAACAGCUGUUGCUUCAGGCGCAACGGAACUUGACAUCGCCAUCUGCAAGAGAUUUAGAUGUUAGAAAACUGAAAAUGCUUCUUGGCGAUCAGAGCAUGGGCCUUGGAAAGGAUGGCCCACUGAAUUCUGUUGGUGAUGCUGUCCCAAACAUAGGAUCACCAACUCAACUGGGCUGCCCUUCACUGCCUCGUGGAGAUCCUGAAAUGCUACUUAAGCUACAACAGCAACAGCUUCUGAAAAAUAGCCAGCAGGCCACAAACUACCAACAAGACCAGCUUUUGAGUCAGCAUUCUCGGAUUUCAGGCCACCUUCUUCAGCAACCAGAUAAGGCUAUUGGCUCGGUCAAUGUGAUUAUGGAUGGUAACAUGGCCAACACUUUCCAGGGCAGCGAACAGGCGUCAAAGAAUCAAAUGGGAAGGAAAAGGAAACAUCCGGCAUCUUCAUCAGGCCCUGCAAAUAGCUCGGGAACUGCUAAUACGACCGGACCAUCCCCUAGUUCACCAUCAUCCCCUUCAACCAAUCAGACACCGGGAGAGGGUAUGUCUAGGUCUACGUUACCACCUACUGGUAUUGCAUCAAAGUCGAUGCUGAUGUACGGUUCUGAUGGUGUUGGGUCCCUUCCAUCGGCAUCAAAUCAACUAGCCAAUAUGGAGCGUUUCGUAGAUGAUGGAACUUUAGAUGAUAAUGUGGAUUCAUACAUAGCUAACGAUGAUGUUGAACCUAGAGAUGGUGGCAGCAAUACUAGUAUCGGCAAAGGUUUCACAUUUACCGAGUUCCAAAAUAUUUCUGCAAGCACAAGUAAAAUUGAAUGCUGUGAUUUCUCAUCUGAUGGAAAGCUUCUUGCAACCGGUGGCCAUGACAAAAAGGGUGUGUUAUGGUCUACAGACUCGUUUACAAUGAAGUCUACUCUUGAGGAGCAUGUUCAGUGGAUUACAGAUGUCCGUUUUAGUCCUAACGUCUCUCGGCUUGCUACAUCGUCGGCUGAUAAAACUGUCCGGGUCUGGGAUGCUGACAAUCCAGGAUAUUCUCUCCGCACAUUCACGGGACAUUCAACGACUGUCAUGUCAUUGGAUUUCCAUCCGUGUAAAGAGGACCUUCUCUGUUCUUGUGAUAAUAACAGCGAAAUACGGUACUGGAGUAUAAAGAAUGGAAGCUGUGCUGGAGUUUUCAAGGGCGGUGCAACACAGAUGCGGUUUCAACCAGGAGCUGGCAGGAUGCUUGCAGCUGCAGCUGACAAUUAUGCAUCGAUACUUGACGUAGAGACUCAAGUUUGCAGGUGCAAAUUGCAGGGUCACAAGGGCCUCGUGCACUCCGUGUGCUGGGAUCCGUCUGGGGAAUAUCUUGCAACGGUCAGCAACGACAUGAUAAGAGUAUGGUCCAUCGGGUCGUCGAGCAGCAAAGGUGAGUGCAUUCAUGAGCUGAGCUCAAGCGGGAACAAAUUCAACACCUGCGUGUUCCAUCCCACAUAUACUUCCGUGCUGAUUAUCGGUUGCUAUGAGACACUGGAGCUGUGGGACAUGGCCGAGAACAAAACAAUGACGCUGCAUGCCCACGAGAAGCGAGUUUCGGCGUUGGCGGCCUCGAGCAUAACGGGAAUGGUUGCUUCGGCGAGUCAUGAUAAGUUUAUGAAGAUCUGGAAGUGAUUUUUGGGGAGGUUUCAUCAUCUGACUCAGUGCUGUUCUUCACUAACUUGGUUUGGGUAUAUGGGUUUUGGGUUGGGGAUUCUUAGGAGAAGGCAUGCAUCUGAUGAAACUUUUGGAAAAAAAAAAGGUCCCACUAUUAAAUCCUUGUCUAUAAGAUAUUUCUUUUUACGAACAAUACCAGGUUAUGUAGAAGUCCUGCAUUUACAAAUCAAUUUUAUUCAUCUCUUCACGCGA